AUGCUGGUGGUCCUGCUGACAGUGGCCUUGCUGGCCCCGAGCUCAGCUCAGCACUCAAGUGAAGACCAAGGCAACCAGACACACCCUCGACCUCCUCGACCAGACCAAGGCAACCAGACACAGCCUCGUCCUCCUCGACCAGACCAAGGCAACCAGACACACCCUCGACCUCCUCGCCCUGACCAAGGCAACCAGACACACCCUCGACCUCCUCGCCCUGACCAAGGCAACCAGACACACCCUCGACCUCCUCGCCCUGACCAAGGCAACCAGACACACCCUCGACCUCCUCGACCAGACCAAGGCAACCAGACACAGCCUCGACCUCCUCGACCAGACCAAGGCAACCAGACACACCCUCGACCUCCUCGACCAGACCAAGGCAACCAGACACACCCUCGACCUCCUCGACCAGACCAAGGCAACCAGACACACCCUCGACCUCCUCGCCCUGACCAAGGCAACCAGACACACCCUCGACCUCCUCGCCCUGACCAAGGCAACCAGACACACCCUCGACCUCCUCGCCCUGACCAAGGCAACCAGACACACCCUCGACCUCCUAGCCCUGACCAAGGCAACCAGACACAGCCUCGUCCUCCUCGACCAGACCAAGGCAACCAGACACACCCUCGACCUCCUAGCCCUGACCAAGGCAACCAGACACACCCUCGACCUCCUCGCCCUGACCAAGGCAACCAGACACACCCUCGACCUCCUAGCCCUGACCAAGGCAACCAGACACAGCCUCGUCCUCCUCGACCAGACCAAGGCAACCAGACACAGACUCGUCCUCCUCGACCAGACCAAGGCAACCAGACACACCCUCGACCUCCUCGCCCUGACCAAGGCAACCAGACACACCCUCGUCCUCCUAGACCAGAUCAAGGCAACCAGACACACCCUCGUCCUCCUCGACCAGACCAAGGCAACCAGACACACCCUCGACCUCCUAGCCCUGACCAAGGCAACCAGACACACCCUCGACCUCCUCGCCCUGACCAAGGCAACCAGACACACCCUCGACCCCCUCGCCCUGACCAAGGCAACCAGACACACCCUCGACCUCCUAGCCCUGACCAAGGCAACCAGACACAGCCUCGUCCUCCUCGACCAGACCAAGGCAACCAGACACACCCUCGACCUCCUCGACCAGACCAAGGCAACCAGACAUACCCUCGUCCUCCUCGCCCUGACCAAGGCAACCAGACACACCCUUGA